AUGAAGCUGCCAAAUUCCAUGAGAGCAAUUGGCUCAAUUCGAGCCCAUGUCUCACAAUCACCAAAUUUUCGUCUGUUCCAAAGACCUGUGCGAUUCCACAGAUCUCCCGCAUUGGCAUCGCGAAGUAUGACGACCACACCUCGAAAACACCACAAUCCUACAUCCAACUCCACCGUCGAUCCAACCGAAGUUUCCCACUUCAAUGCACUUGCAUCAUCGUGGUGGGAUCCUCAUGGCCCUUCACGGCCCCUGCACCUGAUGAAUCCCCUUCGCCACGAAUUUAUAACGCGAUGUCGUUCCACCACAGCCCCUCCUACACCAGGCCAGAAACUCCGUUACCUAGACAUUGGUUGCGGCGGCGGAAUAUUCGCUGAAUCAGCUGCACGGCUCCCAACCACCACGUCAGUCACGGCAAUUGACCCCACACCUCAGGUCCUCAUUAUUGCCGAGGCGCACAAGCGUCGUGACCCUGUGUUGAUAUCGCCUGGUAAACUCACAUAUCUGAACACCUCCAUCGAAGACUUCCCUCGCCCAAGUUCGGAUACAGAGGCGUUCGAUAUUGUCUCACUCUUCGAAGUCAUUGAGCACGUCAAUGCCCCGGGCCCGUUUUUAGAGCACGUGUUACCACAUGUAAAGCCCGGAGGAUGGCUCAUAAUGAGCACGAUAGCAAGAACAUGGACGAGCUGGCUAGUUACGAAUGUGAUUGCGGAGGAUGUGCUGGGUAUGGUACCCAAGGGAACGCAUGAGUGGAGCAAGUAUGUCAAUGAGGAGGAGCUGAGGAAUUGGUUUGCAAAGCAGCCGGGAUGGGGCAGCGUGAAGAGCAUGGGCGUCAUGUAUGUGCCUGGGCUGGGGUGGAAGGAAGUCCGAGGCAGCGAGCAAUGGGGCAAUUACUUUUUUGGUGUACGGAGAGAGACUUGA